UGAAAAAACAGUGCACAUUUUUCUGCACUCGGUGGGGAAACGGUGGGAAAAGUAGCACUUCUGCCUUUCCCAAAACAGUCAGAUUAAUUGCAAUCAUUGAAGUAUAAAACUUUACAGUGGAAAAAAAUGUCUUUCUGGUCCAAGUAUAAAGGUCUGCGGAGGUCUUGUUGAGAAAUUCUUUUUGACCGAUCACCCCCUGCAAGGAUCGGAACUCUUUAAGAUUUUUGAAAGUCACAGUUGAGGCAGGGUGUAACAAACCACUCGCCACAGUAUCUUGAACUGACACUGCCCUUAAGUGUGUGAGAAUCCAAAAUUUCCAUCACACUGAUUCAGCUAUGAAUCUGAUCUUGUUGGGGAUUGUGCUCCUCGGGAUUUAUGUGCAGCAAUCAGUUUCACAGAAGGUGCAGUGUCAUUCAGCAUUUUCCCUUUCCACUGGGAAAUGUGGUAGUCUGUUGGGUGUGGUUGAAAAAGACUCCUGUUGCAUGAACCCCAACUACGGCUACACAAAAGCAGAUGGAAAGUGUAGGUACUGUGGGCCAGCGGCAUGGACUGAGUGGUCUUCCUGGGGCGAGUGCUCUGUGAGUUGUACAGAGGGAGUAACGCAAAGGCAACGGUCUUGUUAUGGAACUGGUAGUUGUUCAGACAGUGGGAAACUAGGAACUGUUCAAACUAAACCAUGUGAGAAAAAUAAAUGCUGCCCAGUGGAAGGUGGCUGGUCAGAGUGGGGAAAAUGGCAGCCCUGUUCAGUCACGUGUGAGAAAGGAAUAAAAAAAAGGCAAAGGACCUGCUCUAACCCAAUUCCACAAUGUGGGGGCUCCUGUAGGGGUGAACAGGAAGAAAUUGCCUCUUGCGACACUGAAGUAAUCUGUCCGACUCAUGGUGGGUGGUCCAGUUGGGGAAGCUGGGGUCCCUGUCAGUCUACUUGUAUUGAUGAAGGACACAACACUCAGAAAGAACUUCGUAAAAGGACUUGCACCAACCCCACUCCAUCCACGGUUCCACGUGGUAGAGACUGCGAGGGCUCUGACACAGACACCCGCCCUUGCAGCGGACUACCUUUCUGUCCAAUUGAUGGAAACUGGGGCCCUUGGUCAGGUUUCGCACCCUGCUCUGUGACGUGUGGAGUGGGCCAGCAGAUACAAAGACGGUCGUGUGAUUCUCCUGAACCCAGACAUGGUGGCAGACAGUGUAGAGGUGAAGAGCAAAAACAUGGUGUCUGCUCCACUGGUGUCCCCUGUCCAAUACAUGGGAUGUGGUCCGAAUGGAGUGAGUGGGGUCGAUGUAGACAACCUUCCACUAGAGUAAUCACAUGUAGAAACAGGGAAGGAAAACGAAGGAGAGAGAGAGACUGUGUUUUUAGAGAACACGGGGGAAACUUCUGUGAUGGAGAUAUUGUUGAACACGGCAGCUGCUAUGACAUUGAGGGCUGUAAAAUGCAAGGCGUCUUAUCAGAGUGGAGUGAGUGGAGUUAUUGCAAACCUGACUGUGGGCCAGACUCUGCACAAACAAGAGAAAAAAAGUGUCUUCCUGACAUCUCUGAAUACCGUUCCCAAGACCACAGUAUUUUCUCAGGGGAGCCAAUUGUGAACUGUAAGGAUUUGAAAACUGAAACCGAGAGAAGACCAUGUAAAAAUGUCCCUGAGUGCAAGGAUGAGGAUGAUUGAGCGCAGAGUCCAGACAAGAGGACCAGUCACUGUACUCACCAGCAGUUAAAGAACCUCAACGUGCCAGGCUGUUCUCUUAUGAAACAUGCUACCAACAGAAAAAUACUUGCUUUGUUAGCUUUUGUUAUAUGGAUUGGAUUGAUUGCUGAUUAAUGCACGCUUCCGUAAACUCUACUUUGCUGACACAAUAAAGUAUCAAAGUAAUGCAAGAUCAUGUAGUGUAUGUGAUAAAAUGAUUGAAUGCUGAUUAAUGCACAAGUUUGUAAAAUCUGCUUUGCUGCCACAAUAAACUAUUAAAGUAAUGCAAUGUCAA